AAUCAACACAGUUGCUUGUUUUGUCGCUCACAUAGACAUGCCGACAUGGGCUGAUAGGCUUUGCAGAAAAUUACCGCGGUUUACAUUUACAAGCAAGUAAAAUUUGUAAAAGUUCUACUUUUAACCAGAGUGGGAAAGUGUGUUAGAGCUCAUAAAAGGUGGUUUACAUUAGUUAUCAGAUCUGAAGAAGGGAGGGACUGUGACUGAGAGAGAGAUGUCGGGCGGUCCUCGUCGGUCGGGGCCAUGUUUGAGGUUCUGUUUGGUGGUGUUUGCAGUAGCUUCGGCUCUUUUUGUAUCUGGGCCUGCUUUGUAUUGGAAGUUUAAGAAGGGUCUUCAUUUGGGCAAAAAUGGACCUUCUUGCAGUCCUUGCACCUGUGAUUGUCCUCCUCCGCUUUCUCUCAUCAAAAUAGCUCCUGGACUCGUCAAUCUUUCCGUCACAGAUUGUGGGAAAAAUGAUCCAGAUCUCAACAAGGAGAUGGGGAAGCAGUUCAUUGACCUUUUGACAGAGGAGUUGAAGCUUCAAGAAGCAGUUGCAGAAGAACACACACAUCACAUGAAUAUCACCCUUGUGGAAGCUAGAAAAUUGGGAUCUCAGUACCAGAGGGAGGCUGAGAAAUGCAAUGCUGCAACGGAGAUAUGUGAAGGGGCCAGAGAGCGAGCUGAGGCAUUAUUGCUCAAGGAGAAGAAGAUAACCUCCUUGUGGGAGCGGCGGGCCCGUCAAUUGGGUUGGGAAGGGGAAUAGAUACGGUUCAUAUUUACUUUGUUUAAUAUACAAUUUGUUAUUUACCUUUCUAUUUAUUUAUCCCUUGAAGUACCAAAACCAUGUUAUCUAAGUAAACCGGCAGGCAAGCAGAUCUGCUUGAGAUGUAAUAUCAGUAUAGCACGAAUAGGCUCAUGUUCUGAAAAUUUUGCA